GAUUUAUGUAGACGUAAAAAGGUUAAAUGUGAUGGCGCAACACCUGUUUGCACAAAUUGUAAAAAUGCCGAUCUUGAAUGUACCUUUAAAGAUAUGACAAAAAAGCGUGGACCACCAAAAGGUUAUAUUGAAGCUAUAGAGAAUCGACUUUAUAAAUUAGAA